GCCAUCUCUAAAUAUAGUGAGGCUCUUGAGAUAUGUCCUUUGAAGCAUAGGAAUGAGAGGAUGGUUGUGUAUAGCAAAAGGGCAAAUUGCCAUCUCUUUCUGAGGGACGGGGAUGCGGCCAUUAGUGAUGCAACGCGCGCUCUUUGCCUCUCGUCUCCUCCAAAUUCCCAUGGCAUAAGCCUCUGGAUUAGGGCACAGGCUUAUGACAUGAAAGGGAUGGCUAAGGAGAGCUUGAUGGAUUGCAUCGUCUUCAUGAACGUUUGCAUAAGUUCGGGGGGAGGUUCCGGGCUUAGGGUUUUGUAUUACGUUGUUCGUAUGAUCUACAAGCAGAUGGAGAAGACAUGGCUUUUCAGGGAAGCAAGGAUUAAGGUUAAGGAAGAGGAUGGAAUUCAAGUAAAGAAAUGCAAGAAUUAUGGAUCAGGCCUCUCAACGAUUAUGGAAGAGCCUUGUGUUGUGAGAGAUGGUAUUGGAAUGAAGAAGAUUGGGAGAGUAAUUAAUGGAAUAUCUAACAAAACUUUUUAAUUAGGCUUUUGCAUGAUUAAAAGUAGAUUGAUUAGCUAGCAAAUGUGGUGUGUAAGUGUAAAUAC